CUCUACGCUGUGCACCGUUCUGGGAGGGCUUUAUAAAACGGGGCUGCAGCCACCUUCAGAGAAAGAAUCGGACUAAAGAGCAUCCCUGCCUGAUCCAAAGAGCUCCCGUUCACCAUGCAGCUGGUGGCCAGCCUGGGCGCUGUGCUGCUGUUGGUCUGGAGCGUGAGACCAUCAGCGCUGCCAGGAGAAGACAAGCUUUCGGUUCAGAGCAGUAGGGAGCAGUUCAAAGCUCGGAGAGGUCUGAUCCUGAAAAUGCUGGCAGACCUGCUGGACGAGGUGGACAUGCACCAUGAGACCACGACUUCCCUAGAUUCGGACGAUCCGCUUGCAGGCGAGCUGGAGGAAGAACACUCGAUACUGGAGCAGUUGUCCCAGGCCACCCAGCGAGAGCGCAAAGCCCCCUGCAAAAACUUCUUCUGGAAAACAUUCACCGCUUGCUAGCACCACCUUCGGCCCUUCCAUCCGCCAGCCCUUUUUAGCCUCUGGGCCAGGGGCCCUCUGACUCGCCUCCCAAGUAGGGUUGUCAGCUGGCCAGAAAAACAAUACCCGACCUAGAUUGCUCCUGCGCCUUUAACAGGGUUUUGCUACGCAGACAACAGCAGGAGAAUCUGUCCUGCCGUACAGCUGACAGAGGCCCCCUGCUCAUUGCUGCAGAUCAAACUGCUGUUAAAGGGACAGGUAGAGGGUGCGGGGAGGGGGGGGGUGACAGCUUAAGAGUCAGCCACUUUCCUCCUAGCUCAGGGGUCUGCAACCUGCGGCUCUCCAGAUGUUCGUGGACUACAAAUCCCAUCAGCCCCUGCCAGCAUGGCCAAUUGGCCAUGCUGGCAGGGCCUGAUGGGAUUUGUAGUCCAUGAACAUCUGGAGAGCCGCAGGUUGAAGACCCCUGUCCCUAGCUCAUUGCCCUUCUCUAAUUUCUUCAGAAUAUAACCUCUGCCUGCCAGUGUAAAAUAGCAUCUCUCCAUCCGUGUCUACUCCCUCUUGUCCAAUGAUCCAAAUGUUGGUUGUAUUCCGCCUCCAUUGCAAAUAAAGCAUGGCCUAGAGGCACCUCGGAACACA